AUGGCAUCGGCAAAGCGAACGUGGUGGGUUGUUCUCGCGCUGUCCGGUGUUCUGAAUGUGAGCUCCUGCUGGACUUUCACUUGUCCGUCGAUUUGUGAAUGUUCAAUGAAGAGCGAUACAUGUUACACAUACACCAGAGAGAAACUCAGUUGCACGAGGGAAACACAACUGAAGUCCCAAACCACUCCAUCAUUCAUUCGAAACUUGUAAGUAGCCUAAAAUUUCAUUACGUUUUUGGGGAGGAAUUGUGCAUAUAUAAAAUUAUAGCGUCAAUAUCUAUCCAUUGUUUUUAAAUUGCCUGACACUUUUGUCGAGCUGAUUAUUUAUUAUUUGAUUAUUUAUUUAUUUAUUUAUUUAACCUUUAAAUUCAACCAGUCAAUUAAGAAACACAUUCUAAUUUACAGUAGAUACAAUGAUGGCCUUUUAUCAGUACAGAACUGUGUGAAGUAUGGUACCUAGCUACUGACUGUGCUUUGCACUCUAUUAAAAUACAGGCCACCAUAGUAGCCUAAUACUCAGCCUGGUCUCAUAGACUAGACGUAACAUAGUAAAUGUAAAUCCAAUCAAAUUUUGUGAUAUGUUAUGUUUGGUAUGGUUACAUAAGACAGGUGGUUACUUAAGGCAAAAACGAAUGUCUAACGCGAAUGUCUAGCAACCCAAAGGUUGCGAAUUCAAAUCUCAUUACGGACAACUUUAGUAUUUUAGCUAAUUAGCAACUUUUGAACUACUUACUACUUUCUUAGCUACUCUGCAGCUACUUAGCAUGUUAGCUAAGACUCCCCAUAACCCUAACCCUUUUAGCUAACCCUUCCCCUAACUCUAACCCUAACUCUAACCUUAAACUUUAAACGUAACUCCUAAACUUAACCCUAACCCCUACUCUAGCUAACAUUAGCCAGCUAGCUAAUGUUAGCCACCUAGCUAGAAUUCAUAACAUAUCAUAUGUUUUGCAGAUUCGUAACAUAUUGUACGCUUUGCAAAUUCGUAACAUAUAAUACGAAUUGUAAAUCGAAACAUAUCAUACAAAAUGGGUGAUGGACAUACACAAAUGAAUACAUACCAUAUGAAACAUAACAUAUCAUACUAUAUGGAUGUCAGGGAUUUACUUACAGAAUAAUAAGAAAUGCUCUGUGAUCAGGUUGCCAGCAGCCAGCAAUACCUUACAUGUUUCAUAUGUUACAUGUUUUUUAACAAGUUUUUUCCUUGUGCAUAUUUUUUAGAAGACUAACUCAUCUGCCGUUGACUGAAGUUCCAAGCAAUGCCUUCAGAGGACUGAUCAACGUGUCCAGAAUGUGAGUUUCAAUCAAUCAAUUAAAUGUAUUUAUUAAGCCCUUUUCACCUGUGACAUAUACCAUUGUCAGUAUUCCUUUAGCUCUAUUAAACAUUUUCUGUUUAACUCUGGGUUUGCCUUUUCAAUGUUAUAGAUCUACAAAGCUUCGUGAGGCUGUUUAAAACUUGACUUGUGCACAGUUCUAAACAUAUUUGUGUUGUGGAAGACAUACUGCUGGUAGCUUUUAUGAAAGGUGUGAUAAUCUAAUGUUAUAUUGUAUGAAACAUUUAUCUAAAUGCAUGUUAAAGGGGCAGUGCAGUCAACAUUUUUAUAAUAUUUCCACGCUAUGAGGUCUAAGUAACACUCUGAUAAUGGCCUUUUUAAGAGCUUUUUUAUUUAUUGUUUUGGCCUGGAAUUUCAGCCUGUUCAGGUGGGAUGGAGUUUUUGGCCCAAAGCAUGACAUCACAAUAGGACCUGAUUAUUCUGACCAAUGACUUCGAGUUAUUUUCAUGAAAUAAACACACACAGUGAUUUAUUAGACAUACAGUGAUAUGUGUAUGUAGCAUGGGGGUUUUAAGAAGCGGAAAGGAGAUGUCCACUUUGGAUGGGUAGCUUUGGAUGAGUUGCCUACAUACACACAUCCUUUUAGAGGAAAUAGUUUGGCCUACAUUUAUUUAUGACAUAUUACCUUUCACCCACUAUUUAGGAAAUCAAAAGCAUGUAAAUUCAUAUGAACAAAUUGUUGGUUACUAUUUGGGAAAUAAUGAUAAGCAUGGUUGAUGAACCAACUCACUGUCCUUGUGGUUAGAGUGUCCGCUGGAAGGUUAGGAGUUUGAUCGCCGGCCGAGUCAUACCAAAGACUGAAAAUGGGACCCGAUGCUUCUCUGCUUGACACUCAGCAUUUAGGAGAUAGAGUGGGGGUAAGGCGCUGUGAUAGACUAGCAUCCUGUCCAGGGGGAUUACUUGUACAUCAAGCUGCCUCAUGCUACAGAAACAGGAGAUCCUGCUUCUAUGACUAUUCUUUUCUUGUAUUAUUUCUUAUUGUUGUUGCAUUGUUGAGAAGGAACCUGCAAGUAAGCAUUUUGUUGCACUGUGUAUACCAUGUGUAUCCCUUCAUAUGACUAAUAAAACUUGAAACUGCUCCUAUGAGCCGCUCCGGCUCACACAAGCCAAGGCUAGUGCAAGGCUAUUCUUAGGCCUACUUUUUGGCUGAUGUUCUCCCACAGUCUAUUUCUGAAGACAAAAAAAGUUUGCGCUCAAACAACUGUAGAUAGUGGGAGGUGCUGUUUAAAAUAAUCUGAUACUGCAUAAAUUUACAAAGAUAAGGCGCCACACUAUCUCCAUAUAAAAUGUGUCUGCUUUAUCUAUACUGAACAAAAAUAUAAACGCAACAUGUAAAGUGUUGGUCCCAUGUUUCAUGACAGGUGUGGCAUUUUAAGAAGCUGAUUAAACAGCAUGAUCAUUACACAGCUGUACCUUGUGCUGGGGACAAUAAAAGCCCACUCUAAAAUGUACAGUUUUGUCACAUAACACAAUUAAACAGAUCUCAAGUUUUGAGAGAGAGUGCAAUUGGCAUGCUGACUGCAGGAAUGUCCACCAGAGCUGUUGCCAGAGAAUGUAAUGUUAAUUUAUCUACCAUAAGCCGCCUCCAACGUUGUUUUAGAGAAUAUGGCAGUACGUCCAACCGGCCUCACAACUGCAGACCAUGUGUAACCACGCCAGCCCAGGACCUCCACAUCCGGCUUCCUUACCUCCGUAAUGCGCAGGAAUAAGCUACGGACAACGAACACAAUUGCAUUUUCUAAAAGGCAAUUUGAAUGCACAGAGAUACCGUGACGAGAUCUUGAGGCCCUGACUGGUUUUCUGAUCCCAGCCCCUACCUUUUUUUAAGGUAUCUGUGACCAACAAAUGCAUUUCUGUAUUCCCAGUCAUGUGAAAUUCAUAGAUUAGGGCCUAAUUCGUUUAUUUCAAUUGACUGGUUUCCUUAUAUGAACUGUAACUCAGUAAAAUCUUUUAAAUUGUUGCAUGUUGCAUUUAUAUUUUUGUUCAGUGUAGUUAGAUAAAGUAGACUUCAUCGGCCAUAGGUAGGGAAUAGAGCUCCACUUGGGACGCACACAAUGCAGCCCAAAGUUACUAUUUGUGCAUAUGAACACACACAGUGAACAGCAUGGAGGUUUUGGUCUGAAUAUGAGGCAUUGUGUGGAUAGAAAUAGCAUCACACCAUUUAGAAAUAAAAGUUUUCAUUAUGAAUUUCAUUCAUCACUUUUGUUUUUGAAUCUCAUAGACAUAUAAAAAAGUCUCAGUGUGACUGAUUGGGUAUCAAACCCUGGUUUCUUGUGGGACACAAGACUGUUAGCACACUGAACAAAAGCCGCAAACGUGGUUUAGUAAGCCACCUUUCUUACACAAGGUUUGUGGAACCAGAUGGGAAAAGUGGGUGCUGAUGGUUUAGUAGGGAAUUUAUGGUUUAGUAGGGAGUUGAUGCUGUAGUAGGAAGUUGAUGACGUAGUAGGGAGUUGAUGGUUUAGUAGGGAGUUAAUGGUUUACAAGGGAGUUGAUGGUUUAGUAGGGAGUUGAUGGUUUAGUAGGGAGUUGAUGAUGUAGAAGGGAGUUGAUGGUUUAGUAGGGAACUGAUGGUUUAGUAGGUCAAUAAUUUUACCUUGAUUACUACAAGUUUAGAUAGCCGGCUGCUAGACUAAUUUACCAAUCUGAAACAAUUUGGCUGACAUGGGAUAAUUGAGUGACUAUUAGUAACUGACAUAACAAGAUAAACUGUUGGUGUACAAACAAAUUUCGAUAUUGCACCUUGUGUAUUCUAUAAUUCUACCUCGCAAAAGUUGAGACCCUGACUGAGUUCCCGAAAAAACUAUGUAUUUAAAGUGCUGCCUGCUAUCCAACUAUAGAAUUUGAAUAAUCAUUCUAUUUCCAUGAUUCCAACAGUUCACCAAUUAAUUAGGCCUAGAUGUUUGGCCCAUAUCAUGCAGCCCUACGUGGCACAGUGUGGAAAUGAUAACAUGAGUGCAGGAAAUGCAGAAAUGUAUGAAAAUGCUGAACAUUUUCUGGGGUUGAAGUUGGAUUGAACAGUAUGAAACAAUCAGAAUGUAGAAAGACCCAUUGAAAUCACGUACAGUGAGGGAAAAAAGUAUUUGAUCCCCUGCUGAUUUUAUACAGUGGGGAGAACAAGUAUUUGAUACACUGCCGAUUUUGCAGGUUUUCCUACUUACAAAGCAUGUAGAGGUCUGUAAUUUUUAUCAUAGGUACACUUCAACUGUGAGAGACAGAAUCUAAAACAAAAAAACAGAAAAUCACAUUGUAUGAUUUUUAAGUAAUUAAUUUGCAUUAUAUUGCAUGACAUAAGUAUUUGAUACAUCAAAUUAUAUUUGGUACAGAAACCUUUGUUUGCAAUUACAGAGAUCAUACGUUUCCUGUAGGUCUUGACCAGGUUUGCACACACUGCAGCAGGGAUUUUGGCACACUCUUAAAGGGACUGCUCCUAAUCUCAGCUUGUUACCUGUAUAAAAGACACCUGUCCACAGAAGCAAUCAAUCAAUCAGAUUCCAAACUCUCCACCAUGGCCAAGACCAAAGAGCUCUCCAAGGAUGUCAGGGACAUGAUUGUAGACCUACACAAGGCUGGAAUGGGCUACAAGACCAUCGCCAAGCAGCUUGGUGAGAAGGUGACAACAGUUGGUGCGAUUAUUCGCAAAUGGAAGAAACACAAAAUAACUGUCAAUCUCCCUCGGCCUGGGGCUCCAUGCAAGAUCUCACCUCGUGGAGUUGCAAUGAUCAUGAGAAUGGUGAGGAAUCAGCCCAGAAAUACACUGAGGAUCUUGUCAAUGAUCUCAAGGCAGCUGGGACCAUAGUCACCAAGAAAACAAUUGGUAACACACUACGCCGUGAAUGACUGAAAUCCUGCAGCGCCCGCAAGGUCCCCCUGCUCAAGAAAGCACAUAUACAGGCCCGUCUGAAGUUUGCCAAUGAACAUCUGAAUGAUUCAGAGGAGAACUGGGUGAAAGUGUUGUGGUCAGAUGAGACCAAAAUGGAGCUCUUUGGCAUCAAAUCAACUCGCCGUGUUUGGAAGAGGAGGAAUGCUGCCUAGGACCCCAAGAACACCAUCCCCACCGUCAAACAUGGAGGUGGAAACAUUAUGCUUUGGGGGUGUUUUUCUGCUAAGGGGACAGGACAACUUUACUGCAUCAAAGGGACGAUGGACGGGGCCAUGUACCGUCAAAUCUUGGGUGAGAUCCUCCUUCCCUCAGCCAGGGCAUUGAAAAUGGGUCGUGGAUGGGUAUUCCAGCAUGACAAUGACCCAAAACACACGGCCAAGGCAACAAAGGAGAGGCUCAAGAAGAAGCACAUUAAGGUCCUGGAGUGGCCUAUCCAGUCUCCAGACCUUAAUCCCAUAGAAAAUCUGUGGAGGGAGCUGAAGGUUUGAGUUGCCAAACGUCAGCCUCGAAAUCUUAAUGACUUGGAGAAGAUCUGCAAAGAUUUUUUUUUUAAAAUAUAAUUUACAGUCAGCUUUGCUGCAAGUAGUUAUUGUAAAAUACACAGUAACUUACUUUGGCUGAUCUCUGUCACGCUCACUGACCUGAUGGUGUGGCAGGAAGGUCAGUUUCCUGUCACCCAAGGGUUUGAGGCCAGGUGAGGCUGAGUCCAUAGUGUCCUCACACCAAAGAAUGCUUAGUAGUUGUCAACUAAUGUUAAGAUAUCUUAUAAUCAGAAAAGUUCAGUGAAAGUACAGUAAGUUACUGGCAGCUAGUUGCAAGUAAGUUACUAGCUGUUACUGGCUGUUACGUUACUUUGAAUUUUACAAUAACUUACUGACAGCUGAUUGCCAGUUAGGUAACGCAAAAUUCACAGCAACUUCCAGGCAACUAAUUGCCAUUAAUUUACUGUGAAAUACAAAGUAACCUCUUAACAGUGCAGCUCUUUAUUGUCACAUGCUUUUACAAAGAUUUCAGAACUGAAAGUGUUAAAAGAGGUGCUCCACCUUUGACAACAUAACCAUCAACCACUUAAACUGGUACAACACUUGCACUGGCGGAUGGCACAAAUACACACAAUUCUGUAACUUGUUGUUUACCGUACUUUCACUGCAACCAGUAGCCUGUACUGUACCGUAAAAUUACAGGAACUUUUAACAGUGUAGCAUUUCACGGCAUAAAGGAAAACAUGGUGGUGAGGGAAAGAACAUGAUGGUUCUACACAACCAUCACAGGAGUAAAGAACCCUUCCUGAUACACAAUACAAAUGAUGGUUACACAUCACCCUCACCCCUGACAAAGAACCCCUCAAUAACCUUUUAUAUAUAUAUAUAUAUAUAUUAUGAGUGUACAUCCAGAUCCCAUCCAACCAAUGCAUUGCAUGAAUAGCUGUGUGAUUCCCUUAUCUGGGCUGACAGUUUCCCCCCAACUUGGCUUUUGAGUCAAGGACCCCUAGACGCUCACAAGCCAAUUAGCAAGACUCCUAUUAUGGUAUUCCAUCAGGGGGGGUGGCUUACUGUAGCCUGGUUCCAAAUCUGUUUGUGCUGACUUGCCAACUCCUAUGGCCAGGGGACCAAGCUUCCCCUGAUCUGAUCAAGAUGCAGCUGUCCACUUACUGAUAACUCAAUUAGUGACUGAUUGAAGUCUUGAGGUAUAUUGCAGCCUCCUUAGUUAUCAUUAUGUCUUUAUGUGAGUUUCAUGAGUUUAACGACCACAUAUUAAAAUAGGUUUAGAAUAUUUACUGAAGAAAUUGAAUGGAUGUUAGAAUGAGGAUUCAGGAGGGUAAUGAGAAUAGACCAGAUGAAGCCAAGGACUGCAGAUGAAGGAUCCAUAGGGGUUGACUCCGUAGGGUUUGGCUUGGAGUUUCAGGUAGACAUCACCCUCAGACCGUGGUAGUUGGGCUGCUGUAGGGAUGGCAAUCCCCCAAGGAGAUCCUUGAAGGAAUCUAAGUAAUACGAGAUAGAAGGUGGAGAUGGGAUGAUUUGGCAGCUGGUAACUCACAGUGUCUUGAAAUGCAGCACAGAGAGCAUGCAACGCAAAACGAAGAGGAGGAAUUACUUUGGUCAGGUUUAAAUAGGGUGGUAUUGGUGAUUAAGGAGAGUGAAAACAGGUGAAGACUGAUUAGCAAUUAGUAGCAGCUGGAGCUUGUUUGAGGAGCUACGGUCAAGGCAACUAUUUAAGUGUUGCCAACGGUAGUGGAGGCUGAUUGGCAAUGGUUAGGAGCUGGUGUUUGUUAACUUGGCAACUAGUUAAGUGUUACAUUCAAGUCUGGUCCUCUCUCCUGAAUUUUUGUUAAUUCUUAACACCAUAAAUCAGUUAAGCAUUGAGUAACCUUGAACCAAAUCGUGUGUGUGUUAUAGCUAGCUAAUAGUCUAUCAUAAUAGACUGAUUGUUGAGGAACAGGGCAGGACUACCUGUAAUGCUUUACUAAACACUCUCCAAGAGAGGUUCACCCCAAGCUUAUGAGGUCACAAAGUUAAGGACAGACCAGACACCACAUGUAUCCACCACAUCUGCAAGGUUACAACUUACUAUGUAGCCCAGUCACCACUUGGAAUUGCGGUCCAGAAGUGGGCCAGGUAUGGCUCUCAUCAUGUUAUGAUUAUUUUUUAAAUCCAAGCGGUAGCGCAUCGAUGGAGUGCAAGAGGCUUUGUUUUUAUGUUUCCAUAUUGAUGUGAUGUCUCUGUCACUUCAAUAUCCUAUGCUCAAGUGUCAGUGACACUGACACUGUUAACAAAUAGCCUACAUGACCCCUGUACUCGCAGAAUUGUGUUAAUUUUAACUAAUGUCUUCAAGUUUGUGGUGACCCAGUAAAUGUUUCGGUCCUGACCACAUUCAUGUUGCAGUAUUAUGCACAUAUAACAUUAAAGUAAAUGUUAUACUCGAGUGGGACAAUGUUAUCUGAUGCAGUGUUAAAUUAACUCCUGAAUCAAGACUUUGCAACUCUAGAAAUGUUACACUGAAAAAUUAACACUAGGGCCUAGAUUCAAUCAGAUCGAGUGUUAACCAGCGUUAACCAGCGUUAGCCAACAUACGCAUAGCAGAUGUUUUGGCGGUGUUGGAGGUGUAACAGUGAUAUGAGCUGCUGCUCUUGUGUCACAAACCACUCCCUUCCUUCUUAUCCCUACUGCGUUAGAAGUUCAAAACGAUUUGACAGCUCUAACGCAGUUCCACAUCCGACACCGCCAAAACAACCAAUUUGCCAAUGUCAAUCUGAUUAAAUCCAGUCCUAGGUCACACUAACCAAUUUGCUGUGCUGGAGUUCAGAUGGUCUUGUCUUGUCAUGGAUGACUCAAAUUGGCUGGAAAUCAUGGCUCAGCUUCUCCUACAUGUGUGAUGAUGCUCUGAAAUUAAAUGGCUUUUUAAUCGUUUCACAAAAGUAACAGUAAUUAAGAUGUUAUGCAACAACUUAAGAAGAGAGGUACAAACACACACACACACACACACACUCACACAGGGCUGAGGGAAAAUAUAAGCAGAGUGCGUCGCCAGGCUUAAUUAUCUGGUUUAAGAUGGAAUCUAAAUGGCUAUCUAAAGAAAAGUGUUGGUUAAUUACAGAUCAGUGGGUGGUACGGUGGACUGGAAGGGUAAAACGUAUGGAGGUCUAUAAAAAAGUAUAACAAUAGAAGAAGGGGGCUGAGAGGGUGUGGAAGGUUGAUUUGGGAUGGGGGAUGGGUUGGAGGGUAGCAAGGACAUCAUCAGGAAGACAAGAAACAGUCAAGGGCAUGUUACUAGAGCCUUCCUCACUGCAUUUGUUUCUUUUUUAAAUAAAAAUGUUCUUCCUCUGAUCCCAUUCCCCUUGGCCUUCACUUUGCGAUCCAUUUGCAGCUUACUCUCUGCAUAUUCAGUCUCUAUUUUAUGAUUAAGGAGAUAAAUGAAUAUUCCUUUGGAAUGUGAAUUUACGUUAUGCUGUCUUUUUUUCUGCCACAGUGAGAUCUCUCAGAGUGACUGCACCAGGAACAUAAGAAGUCAUGCAUUCCUCUCUCUCCACAGCCUAGCUGAGAUGUACGUGUCACACACACACACGAGACACACACACACACACACACACACACACCAUAUUACAGAACUUUAAUCUCCCAGUUCUGAAGGUUUUAGUUGGUGAGAUAACGUAUUGUUCCGUUGGAGGCCAUGGAUUUGACUGUGUUUAUAUUUUCUUAUUAUGUGUCUCCUUCUACCCUGAUAAGUUACAGUAAUAGACUGUGGUUUAUGUGAUCCAUUGAACACAAUGCAUGCAGAAAAUUACUUAUUUACUUAAUCCUCUUCAUUCCUGGACAGAAUAUUACUGUAACCAAAAGUAUGAUUCACAAGGUCACUCAUCAUGAGUAAAAAUAUGUUACUUGAUUGGGAUAUUGGAAAUAAAUGUUAAAGUUUUUUAAAUAAAUGUUUAUAUUGUGAUGCUUUCUGUUAUUCCAUAGACAGAUACAGAACAUCAAAAAUCUGAUCAGUAUAGAGAAGGGGGCCUUCACUGAUCUUCCCAGGCUGAGAUACCUGUAAGCUUUUAUUCCAAUAUUAUUGUUAGCCAUACUACUGUAAUUCCAGGUACAACACCUCAGUUUGUCAAUAUUCAAUUUUGGUAUUUUAUUUACUUGAUGAAAUGCUGUCACAGCUUUGUAACACACAUUUUCACCCACUUUUUUUUUUACCUCCUCUGUCUCUUUCUUCACCUCUUUCCCCCUCUUCUGCUCUUUUCUCUCUCCCAGGAGUAUCUGUAACACAGGAAUAAUACACUUUCCUGACUUCUCCACCAUCUCCUCCCUGGUGAUACUGGAGUACUUCUUCCUGUAUGUAUCCAGAACUUGACCAACCUAAAACUGGAUUACAUGAUAAUAUACAAUGAUAAUAUACUGUAGCUACACCCAUUUCAAGAUAACCUAAACCCAACCCCAGCUGUAUGUGACCCUACUAUUCUAAUUCUCCUCACUGAAAAGGAACUGACCACUGCUUUCCCUUAGUUAAACCACGUAAGAGAGCAGCGGAAGGGUUCUGGAAACCUUGGUUUACAACCGGUCUCAAAAAAUCCUCAGUUUAAAAAAACAAGUUGAAUAAAACAUUUCUCACAAAUCCCUCUCCCCUGAAUUCUGCAAAUUACAAAAUGUAUAAGAACAAAUUUACUCACCUACUUCGGAUAUCCCCCAAAAUAAAUGUUACUAACAUAUUCCCCAAAUCCUUAAAUAAAAUAAAGUAAACUUGGAAAAUCAUCAAUCAACUGUUAAAUAAGAAAAAGGCAUCUACAACUAUCCCAUCUCAAUUUAUUGUUGGAAAUAAGACCUAUAGUGAUCCUGAUGUUAUUUCAUGUGAAUUUAACAACUUUUUGUGAAUGUGGGUUCCUCUCUGUCAAAGAAAAUUCUGAAAACUGAUGGAAAUCCCUUGGAUUACAUUAAGGGACAUUUCCCUUCUCUGCUUCAGUUUGAUCCUCCUGAUGUAAUGGAGGUGAUGGAGGUAAUUAGUAAUUUAAAGAUGUCAGCAGCAGGUUAUGAUGAGAUUGGUGCCUCUUUGGUGAAAUCAGUGUCUUCCUUGAUCACUGAGCCUCUAACGUAUAUCUUCACCAAAUCAAUGCUAACUGGUAUUGUUCCUAAAGAUUUGAAAAUUGCUAAGGUUAUCACCCUUUAUAAAUCUAGGGAUCCAAGAUCUUUUACAAAUUAUCGUCCAUUAUCUGUACUACCAUGUUUUAUAUCUGUACUACCAUGUUUUAUAUCUGUACUACCAUGUUUUAUAUCUGUACUACCAUGUUUUAUAUCUGUACUACCUUGUUUUAUAACUGUACUACCAUGUUUUAUAUCUGUACUACCAUGUUUUAUAUCUGUACUACCAUGUUUUAUAUCUGUACUACCUUGUUUUAUAUCUGUACUACCAUGUUUUAUAUCUGUACUACCAUGUUUUAUAUCUGUACUACCAUGUUUUAUAUCUGUACUACCAUGUUUUAUAUCUGUACUACCAUGUUUUAUAUCUGUACUACCAUGUUUUAUAUCUGUACUACCAUGUUUUAUAUCUGUAUUACCAUGUUUAUCUAAAAUCCUAAAUGGGUGUAUAAGAGAAUGUUGAAACAUUUAAAUCAACACUGUAUUCUAUAUGAGCACCAAUAUGGUUUCAACACUGUAUUCUAUAUGAGCACCAAUAUGGUUUCAACACUGUAUUCUAUAUGAUCACCAAUAUGGUUUCAACACUGUAUUCUAUAUGAGCACCAAUAUGGUUUUAACACUGUAUUCUAUAUGAGCACCAAUAUGGUUCCAACACUGUAUUCUAUAUGAGCACCAAUAUGGUUUCAACACUGUAUUCUAUAUGAGCACCAAUAUGGUUUCAACACUGUAUUCUAUAUGAGCACCAAUAUGGUUUCAACACUGUAUUCUAUAUGAGCACCAAUAUGGUUUCAACACUGUAUUCUAUAUGAGCACCAAUAUGGUUUCAACACUGUAUUCUAUAUGAGCACCAAUAUGGUUUUAACACUGUAUUCUAUAUGAGCACCAAUAUGGUUUCAACACUGUAUUCUAUAUGAGCACCAAUAUGGUUUCAACACUGUAUUCUAUAUGAGCACCAAUAUGGUUUCAACACUGUAUUCUAUAUGAGCACCAAUAUGGUUUCAACACUGUAUUCUAUAUGAGCACCAAUAUGGUUUCAACACUGUAUUCUAUAUGAGCACCAAUAUGGUUUCAACACUGUAUUCUAUAUGAGCACCAAUAUGGUUUCAACACUGUAUUCUAUAUGAGCACCAAUAUGGUUUCAACACUGCAUUCUAUAUGAGCACCAAUAUGGUUUCAACACUGUAUUCUAUAUGAGCACCAAUAUGGUUUCAAUACUGUAUUCUAUAUGAGCACCAAUAUGGUUUUCGUAAAAACUACUCCACAGAUAUGUCUCCUUUGCAACAUGUGGAUAAAAUAUUUACAGCCCUUAACAACAAUGACUAUGCUCUUGGCAUCUUUUUAGAUUUAUCCAAAGCAUUUGACACGGUUGAUCACGAAAUAUUACUUUCUAAAUUGCAUUAUUACGAUUUUCAUGAUUAUACCGUAUAAUUGGUUACAUAGUGUGUUUAUGAUAGAGAACAAUUUGUUUAUGCAAACGGGUGUACAUCUACCAGGGCCAAGAUAUCCUGUGGCGUCCCACAGGGUUCGAUAAUUGGACCUUUGUUAUCCCUGAUCUAUAUCAAUGACCUUGCUACUGUGUCUUCUACCAUACUUCCCAUUCUCUUUGCUGAUGAUAACAAUUUGAUUUUAUCACACAAUAAUUUUGAUUCACUAAUUAAUGAAGCCAACUCAGGCCUGGCCAAAUUUUCUGAAUGGUACAACUUUAUUGUAUUCACUGGUAAGAAUAAGAAAUAUUGUAAAAUGUAAAUGUAAAAAAAAGAGCCAGAAUCUCAAUUGGUGGGAAUGAAAUGGAACAAGUCACAUCCACUAGAUUCCUCUGAGUUCUAAUUGAUGAAAAGUUAUCAUGGAAAGAUCAUAUUCAAUUUGUCUGCAGCAAAGUGAUGAAAUCUGUUGGUAUCAUCAGAAAGAUUAGUGGUUUGGUUAAUCAGGCUUGCUUCCUAACUCUUUACUAUAGCUUAAUUUACCCAUAUUUAAUUUACUGUAAUAUUGUCUGGGCCAGUACAUAUGCCUCCUACCUACACAAAUUACUCAUCAUACAAAAGAAAUGUGCAAGACUAGCCACCUCCUCUAAUUACCUGGCUCCAUCUGCACCUUUGUUUAAGAAACUCAAUAUCUUGUCUAUUUUUGACGUUAAUGUACGGCAAUUAUGCAUUUUCAUCUACAAAUACUCAUACCUCCCAGACAGUUUACAUAAACCCUUCAAUGGAUUCUUCCAGGUUAAUUCUGAAAUCCAUCUAUAUAACACAAGCCACUGCGAUAACCUUCACCCUCCCCACUGCCGCAUCUCACAUAGUCAAUUCUCUAUCAGAUAUAUACAGUGGGGAAAAAAAGUAUUUAGUCAGCCACCAAUUGUGCAAGUUAUCCCACUUAAAAAGAUGAGAGAGGCCUGUAAUUUUCAUCAUAGGUACACGUCAACUAUGACAGACAAAUUGAGAAGAAAAAAAUCCAGAAAAUCACAUUGUAGGAUUUUUUAUGAAUUUAUUUGCAAAUUAUUAUUUUUUUAUUUUUUUAUUAUGGUGAAAAUAAGUAUUUGGUCACCUACAAACAAGCAAGAUUUCUGGCUCUCACAGACCUGUAACUUCUUCUUUAAGAGGCUCCUCUGUCCUCCACUCGUUACCUGUAUUAAUGGCACCUGUUUGAACUUGUUAUCAGUAUAAAAGACACCUGUCCACAACCUCAAACAGUCACACUCCAAACUCCACUAUGGCCAAGACCAAAGAGCUGUCAAAGGACACCAGAAACAAAAUUGUAGACCUGUGACGUUCUGGCUCCGGGACUCUUUGUUGUGAGCCAGGGUUGUCAUUUUCUUUUGGGUGUAUUUCUAUGUGGGAUCUGGUUGUUCAUUUUCUAUGUUUGGUUUUGUUGUUUAUUGGGCAUAUGACUCCCAAUCGGAGGUAACGAGUGUCAGCUGUUCGGCUCGUUAUCUCUGAUUGGGAGCCAUAUUUAAUCUGUGUGGUUUCACCUUUGUUUGUGGGUUUUUGUUUCCGUGUGGCUGUUUGUUGUUAUUUCAGCAGUGGAACUUCACGUAUCGUAUUUUGUUGUUUUCUCUGUGGUCACUUUAAUUUAAUAAAGUCAUCAUGUAUCUCGGAACACGCGCUGCGUAUUGGUCUCAUCCUUCAGACGAUCGUGACAGAAAAACCCACCACAAGAGGACCAAGCGGCGUAACAAGCGGCAACAGGACCUACCUACGCAGGAUUUAUGGGAGCCUCCUAAGGACUUUUGGACAUGGGAGGAGAUAAGGGCUGGUAAGGGUCCUUGGGCACAACCAGAGGAGUACCACCGCCCUCGUGAAGAGCUGGAGGCAGCUGCAGCCGAGAGGAGGUGGUAUGAGGAGGCAGCGCGGAGUCGAGGCUGGAAGCCCGUGGUUACUCCCCAAAAAUUUCUUGGGGGGGGGCUAAAAGGGAGUGUGGCGAAGGCAGGUAGGAGACCUGCGCCUACUCCCUGGACUGACCGUGGAGAGCGGGAGUACGGGCAGACACCAUGUUACGCAGUAGAGCGCAUGGUGUCUCCUGUACGCAGGCAUAGCCCGGUGCGGUACGUUCCAGCUCCUCGUAUCGGCCGGGCUAGAUUGAGUGUUGAGCCGGAUGUCAUGAGGCCGGCCCCACGCAGCAGGCCACCAAUGCGUCUCCUCGGGCCGGCUUACAUGGCACCAGCCCUACGUAUGGUUUCCCCGGUUCGCCCACAUAGCCCGGUGCGGGUUAUUCCUCCUUCCCGUACUGGUCGGGCGACGGGGAGCAUACAACCAGGUAGGGUUGGGCAGGCUCAGUGCUCAAGGGAGCCAGUACGCCUGCACGGUCCGGUAUUUCCGGCGCCACCUCCCCGCUCCAGCCCAGUACCACCAGUGCCUACACCACGCACCGAGCCUCCUGUGUGUUCCCAGAGUCCUGUGCGUCCUGUUGCUGCUCCCCGCACUAGCCCUGAGAUGCGUGUCCUCAGCCCGGGACCACCAGUUCCGGCACCACGCACUAGGACUUAUGUGCGUCCCCAGGGUCCUGCAUGCCCUGUUGCUGCUCCCCGCACUAGCCCUGAGAUGCGUGUCCUCAGCCCGGGACCACCAGUUCCGGCACCACGCACUAGGACUUAUGUGCGUCCCCAGGGUCCUGCAUGCCCUGUUGCUUCUCCCCGCACUAGCCCUGAGAUGCGUAUCCUCAGCCCGGUACCUCCUGUUCCGGCACCACGCACCAGGCCUACGAUGCGCCUCAGACGGCCAGAGUCUGCCGUCUGCCCAACGGGGCCUGAACUGUCCGUCUGCCCAACGCCGUCUGAACUGCCCGUCUGCCCAACGGCGCCUGAACUGCCCGUCUGCCCAACGCCGUCUGAACUGUCCGUCUGCCAAGCGCCGCAGGAGCUGCCCGUCUGCCAUGAGCCUGCUAAGCCGCCCGUCUGCCAUGAGCCUACAGAGCCGUCCGCCAGACCGGAGCCGCUAGAGCUCUCCGCCAGACAGGAGCAGCCAGAGCCUUCCGCCAGACAGGAGCAGCCAGAGCCUUCCGUCAGACCGGAUCAGCCAGAGCCUUCCGCCAGACAGGAGCAGCCAGAUCCUUCCGCCAGACGGGAUCAGCCAGAGCCUUCCGCCAGCCAUGAGUGGCCAGAUCCGUCAGCCAGCCAUGAGCCGCCAGAUCCGUCAGCCAGCCAUGAGCCGCCAGAUCCGUCAGCCAGCCAUGAGCAGCCAGAUCCGUCAGAGCCAGCCAGCCAGGAUCCGCCACGUAGUCCUGUGCUGCCCCUUAGUCCGGUGCUGUCCCUUAGCCUUGUGCUGCCUCUUAGUCCGGUGCUGCCCAUUUAUCCAGGUGGGUUUAAGUGGAGGGUGGUCAUUGGGAGGAGGUUAAGAAAGCGGGUAGGAACUAUAGUGGGGUGGUGGUCAAGCCCGGAGCCGGAACCGCCUCCGGGGAGCAACACCCACCCAGCCCUCCCCUAUUGUGGGGUUGUGAGGCGCGGUCGCAGUCCGCGCCUUUAGGGGGGGGUACUGUGACGUUCUGGCUCCGGGACUCUUUGUUGUGAGCCAGGGUUGUCAUUUUCUUUUGGGUGUAUUUCUAUGUGGGAUCUGGUUGUUCAUUUUCUAUGUUUGGUUUUGUUGUUUAUUGGGCAUAUGACUCCCAAUCGGAGGUAACGAGUGUCAGCUGUUCGGCUCGUUAUCUCUGAUUGGGAGCCAUAUUUAAUCUGUGUGGUUUCACCUUUGUUUGUGGGUUUUUGUUUCCGUGUGGCUGUUUGUUGUUAUUUCAGCAGUGGAACUUCACGUAUCGUAUUUUGUUGUUUUCUCUGUGGUCACUUUAAUUUAAUAAAGUCAUCAUGUAUCUCGGAACACGCGCUGCGUAUUGGUCUCAUCCUUCAGACGAUCGUGACAAGACCUGCACCAGGCUGGGAAGACUGAAUCUGCAAUAGGUAAGCAGCUUGGUUUGAAGAAAUCAACUGUGGGAGCAAUUAUUAGGAAAUGGAAGACAUACAAGACCACUGAUAAUCUCCCUCGAUCUGGGGCUCCACGCAAGAUCUCACCCCGUGGGGUCAAAAUGAUCACAAGCAAAAAUCCCAGAACCACACGGGGGGACCUAGUGAAUGACCUGCAGAGAGCUGGGACCAAAGUAACAAAGCCUACCAUCAGUAACACACUACGCCGCCAAGGACUCAAAUCCUGCAGUGCCAGACGUGUCCCCCUGCUUAAGCCAGUACAUGUCCAGGCCAGUCUGAAGUUUGCUAGAGUGCAUUUGGAUGAUCCAGAAGAGGAUUGGGAGAAUGUCAUAUGGUCAGAUGAAACCAAAAUAUAACUUUUUGGUAAAAACUCAACUCGUCGUGUUUGGAAUGCUGAGUUGCAUCCAAAGAACACCAUACCUACUGUGAAGCAUGGGGGUGGAAACAUCAUGCUUUGGGGCUGUUUUUCUGCAAAGGGACCAGGACGACUGAUCCGUGUAAAGGAAAGAAUGAAUGGGGCCAUGUAUCGUGAGAUUUUGAGUGAAAACCUCCUUCCAUCAGCAAGGGCAUUGAAGAUGAAACGUGGCUGGGUCUUUCAGCAUGACAAUGAUCCCAAACACACCGCCCGGGCAACGAAGGAGUGGCUUCGUAAGAAGCAUUUCAAGGUCCUGGAGUGGCCUUGCCAGUCUCCAGAUCUCAACCCCAUAGAAAAUCUUUGGAGGGAGUUGAAAGUCCGUGUUGCCCAGCGACAGCCCCAAAACAUCAUUGCUCUAGAGGAGAUCUGCAUGGAGGAAUGGGCCAAAAUACCAGCAACAGUGUGUGAAAACCUUGUGAAGACUUACAGAAAACGUUUGACCUGUGUCAUUGCCAACAAAGGGUAUAUAACAAAGUAUUGAGAAACUUUUGUUAUUGACCAAAUACUUAUUUUCCACCAUCAUUUGCAAAUAAAUUCAUUAAAAAUCCUACAAUGUGAUUUUCAGGAUUUUCUUUUCUCAUUUUAUCUGUCAUAGUUGACGUGUACCUAUGAUGAAAAUUACAGGCCUCUCUCAUCUUUUUAAGUGGGAGAACUUGCACAAUUGGUGGCUGACUAAAUACUUUUUAUCCCCACUGUAUAUAUUGAAUUCUUAUCUUCACAUUGCCAAAACCUCAUCAUCCCUCAAUAAUUUCAAGCGACGACUGGGGGUCAGCCUGAUGAACCAAACUAUUCAGUAAUCUCCUCCAUAUAGCCCAACUCUCACACACUCACAUCCACACAUGCACACACACAUAUAUAUAAAACAUAUACUGUUAAUUUUUUUUGUGAUUGCUGACUGGUUCAUUUGUACAUUUAUGAUUAGUAGGUUUUGUUAUCUGUUUUAACAAACCUUUCUUAUUUUUGUACUUAUGGAUUGUAUAUUGUUUGUUUGUGGUGUGAUUUUUAUGUAAGCCCUUGGGCUUCCAACCACACGUGCACACCGUUGUAUUUUGUAUUAUUUGUUUUUAUCUAUAUUGUUGUUUAUCACUUAUUUUCUUUGGUGCAAAUAAAUGAAACCUUAAACCUCCUCUCCUCUCCUCUCCUCUCCUCUCCUCUCCUCUCCUCUCCUCUCCUCUCCUCUCCUCUCCUCUCCUCUUCUCUUCUCUCCUAUCCUCUGCUCUCCUCUUCUCCUCUCUUAUGUGUGCAGUGAGCUGGGAGACAACAUGCAGCUCCACAGUAUACCUGCCAAUGCCUUUCAAGGGAUCACAGAGGAGAGUGUGUACAUGUGAGUAUGAGUACAAUACUAUUACUUAUUUGGAGCAAUACUCCAAACAGCCAUACUAUGGGAUCUCCAAUGUUCUUGAGCAAUUUACAAGUUUUGUACGAUUUCAAUUUGCCUCAGCACGUGUUUAGAUCAUUGAUUUGAGAAUUUUCUCAUCUGGGUGUUUAAUGUAAGAAUUGUUUCACUGCUGAUUUCAUUAAAUCUCAUCUAAUUGAUUGCGGUAACCAUGAUAAUUUUCAUCGAAUCCAGGGUUUAGGACAGCACUUGUAAAUUAUGUUUUUAAAUCAAUUUCUGUUGUAUGUAAGCAAUUGUAAAUCGGUCAAGCUGACAUUAACAACCAAUUUAAAUUAAAUGUGUGGAAAUGUGUUUCUUACAGGAAUAUUUUAAAAAAUGGAUUCAAGGAAAUCAAGUCGCACGCUUUCAACGGAACAAAGCUGGAUAGACUGUACGUAUUCCCCUUAAACAAUCAACCCUUUCCUCCGCUUCCUGCUUAGUUUCAGUUCUUACAACAAAGUGCCUGAAACACACACACACACACACACGUGCACGCACGCACACACACUCUCAACAGGACCUGCUCUUGUGAUUUUUGCUAAGCCUUUGUUGCUGUUAUUUCAGAGUUGUGUCAAAGGCUUGGGUUAAUCAAAGAAACUCGAUGUACCAGUAAAAUAACGUCUUGUAAGACACAAUAUUGAGUGGGCGCCAUGUUGUUUACUUUGCUCAACAUCUUGAUCAAAGCAGAAUCACUUUCAAUGAGUCUAAACAUUCAUACUAUUACUGAACAAAAAUAUAAACGCAACAUGCAACAAUUUAAAAGAUUUUACUGAGCUACAGUUCAUAGAAGGAAAUCAGUCAAUUUAAAUAAAUUCAUUAGGCCCUAAUCUAUGGAUUUCGGGCAUCGGCCCACCCACUUGGGAGUCAGGUCCACACACUGGGGAGCCAGCCCCCCCAUCAGACGAUCCCGCAGGUGAAGAAGCCGGAUGUACAGGUCGUGGGCUGGCGUGGUUACACAUGGUCUGCGGUUGUGAGGCCGGUUGGACAUACUGCCAAAUUCUCAAAAACGAUGUUGGAGGCGGUUUAUGGUAGAGAAAUGAGCAUUCAAUUCUCUGGGAACAGCUCUGGUGGACAUUCCUAUAGUCAGCAUGCCAAUUGCAUGCUCCAUCAAAACUGUAAUGAUCAUGCUGUUUAAUCAGUUUCCUCAUAUACCACACCUGUCAGGUGGAUGGAUUAUCUUGGCAAAGGAGAAAUGCUCACUUACAGGGAUGUAAGCAAUUUUGUACACACAAUUUGAGAGAAAUAACCUUUUUGUGCAUAUGGGAUCUUUUAUUUCAGCUCAUGAAACAUGGGACCAACACUUUACAUGUUGCGUUUAUAUCUUUCUUCGGUAAAAUCUCAGAUACAGUUGAAGCCAGAAGUUUACAUACACCUUAGCCAAAUACAUUUAAACUCAGUAUUUCACAAUUCCUGACAUUUAAUCCUGUUAAAAACUCCAUGUCUUAGGUCAGUUAGAAUGUGAAAUGUCAGAAUAAUAGUAGAGGGAAUGAUUUAUUUCAGCUUUUAUUUAUUUCAUCACAUACCCAGUGGGUCAGAAGUUUACAUACACUCAAUUAGUAUUUGGUAGCAUUACCUUUAAAUUGUUUAACUUGGGUCAAACGUUUCAGGUUAGACUUCCACAAGCUUCCCACAAUAAGUAGGGUGAAUUUUGGCCCACUCCUCCUGACAGAGCUGGUGUAACUGAGUCAGGUUUGUCGGCCUCCUUGCUCGAACAUGCUUUUUCAGUUCUGCCCACAAAUUGUCUAUAGGAUUGAGGUCAGGGCUUUGUGAUGGCCACUCCAAUACCUUUACUUUGUUGUCCUUAAGCCAUUUUGCCACAACUUUGGAAGUAUGCUUUGGGUCAUUGUCCAUUUGGAAGACCCAUUUGCGACCAAGCUUUAACUUCCUGACUAAUGUCUUGAGAUGUUGCUUCAAUAUAUCCACCUAAUUUACCUUCCUCAUGAUGCCAUCUAUUUUGUGAAGUGCACCAGUCCCUCCUGCAGCAAAGCACCCCCACAGCAUGAUGCUGCCACCCCCGUGCUUCACGGUUGGGAUGGUGUUCUUCGGCUUGCAAGAUACCACCAUUUUCCUCCAAACAUAACGAUGGUCAUGAUGGCCAAACAGUUCUAUUUUUGUUUCAUCAGACCAGAGGACAUUUCUCCAAAAAGUGCGAUCUUUGUCCCCAUGUGCAGUUGCAGACCGUACUCUGGCUUUUUUAUGGCGGUUUUGGAGCAGUGGCUUCUUCCUUGCUGAGCGGCCUUUCAGGUUAUGUCGAUAUAGGACUCGUUUUACUGUGGAUAUAGAUACUUUUGUACCUGUUUCCUCCAGCAUUUUCACAAGGUCCUUUGCUGUUGUUCUGGGAUUGAUUUGCACUUUUCGCACCAAAGUACGUUAAUCUCUAGGAGACAGAACGAGUCUCCUUCCUGAGCGGUAUGACGGCUGCGUGGUCCCAUGGUGUUUAUACUUGCGUACUAUUGUUUGUACAGAUGAACGUGGUACCUUCAGGUGUUUGGAAAUGGCUCCCAAGGAUGAACCAGACUUGUGGAGGUCUAUAAUUGUUUUUCUGAGGUCUUGGCUGAUUUAUUUUGAUUUUCACAUGAGGUCAAGCAAAGAGGCACUGAGUUUGAAGGUAGGCCUUGAAAAACAUCUACAGGUACACCUCCAAUUGACUCAAAUGAUGUCAAUUAGCCUAUCAGAAGCUUCUAAAGCCAUGACAUCAUUUUCUGGAUUUUUCUAAGCUGUUUAAAGGCACAAUCAACUUAAAAUCAACUUAAACUUCUGACCCACUGGAAUUGUGAUACAGUGAAUUAUAAGUGAAAUAAUCUGUCUGUAAACAAUUGUUAGAACAAUUACUUGUGUCAUGCACAAAGUAGAUGUCCUAACCGACUUGCCAAAACUAUAGUUUGUUAACAAGAUAUUUGUGGAGUGGUUGAAAAAAACGAGUUUUAAUGACUCCAACCUAAGUGUAUGUAAACUUCCGACUUCAACUGUAUUACUGAAGGCUAUUAUCUUUGUGCAUUUCAAAACCUCCAGAAGCAAUUUAAUUUACCUGGCACUUCCUUUUUCUUUUACUUACAACUUCAUUCUGCUUUGCGUGUAUAUGGAGUCCCACGGGGGCAAGAAUGGUCUAUCCAUCCUAUCCACAAAUUAUUUAUUCAUAGUAACACAGGGACGGGUCUCUAAAUUACAUUCUCUGCUACUUAAAAUUACUCAUAAAUCAAUCCGUUCCCAUGCAUCAUGGAAGAAAGACCUCUCUGUGUGUAGUACUGUGACUAAUUGGACAAGAGUUUGAUCUAACAUAUCAUUUUUAUCAAGAAACCCCAACCACCAAAUGAUACAUUACAAUUUUGCCCAUAGAACUUACUGCACACCAUGCUAACUAUUCAAGAUGAAGCUAGACAAUCCCCAAAUUGCUCACUGUGCCCUCAGGGGGCUCCUUGUACAUUUAUUCAUAUGGUAUGGGAACUGUUUGUCUUGUUCGAUCUUGUCACUUGUUUCCUUGUCCAUGUGUUCCUGUUUUGUGUCACCCAUAUUUCACUCAUUUAUUGCAAGGAUAUAACUUCCAUUGCUUGUGCUCAUUUGUGCUCAAGACAAACAGGAUUUAAUACUAUGUGUAUCAUGUGAUUGUUUUCUCGUGUAGGAUUCUGAAAGACAACAGGUAUCUGAGGAACAUCCAUGAAGAUGCCUUUGAGGGAGCGUCAGGGCCAACUGUGCUGUAAGUGAAUACUUCCUUAGAAAAGUAUUAUGUAACAUUCACCUUUAAUACACUCCAUUCCUAUAAUAUAAUCAUCCCACUGGUCACAGAUGUCAAUUCAACGUCUAUUCCACGUUGGUUCCACGUAAUGUAAUUGAAAUAAUGUGGAAACAACAUGAUUAAACCAGGAGCUGAUCAUGGACUACAGGAAACGGAGGGCCGAGCACGGCCCCAUUCACAUCAACGGGGCUGUAGUGGAGCGGGUCGGGAGCUUCAAGUACCUCAGUGUCCACAUCAUUAAGGAUCUAUCAUGGUCCAAACACACCAACACAGUUGUGAAGAGGGCAUGACAAUGCCUCUUCCCCUUCAGGAUCCUGAAAAGAUUUGGUAUGGGUCCUCAGAUCCACAAAUAGUUUUGAAGCUGCACCAUUGAGAGUAUCUUGACUGGCUGCAUCACCGCUUGGUAUGGCAACUGCUUGGCAUCCAACCGCAAGGCGCUACAGAGGGUAAUGCGUGCGGCCCAGUACAUCACUGGGGCCGAGCUCCCUGCCAUCCAGGACCUCUAUACCAGGAGGUGUCAGAGGAAGGCCCUAAAAUUGUCAAAGACUCCAGCCAUCCACGUCAUAGACUGUUCUCUCUGCUACCGCAAAGCAAGCGGUACCGAUGCACCUAGACUGGAACCAACAGGACCCUGAACAGCUUCUAUCCUCAAGCCAUAAGACUGCCAAAUAACCUACCUGGACAAUCUUCAUUGACCCUUUUUGCACAAACCUUUUUUUUACUCAUCACAUACGCUGCUGCUACUGUUUAUUAUCUGUCACUUUUUUCGUAGUUAUAUGUACAGUACCAGUCAAAAGAUUGGACACACCUUCUCAUUCCAGGAUCUUUCUUUCUUUUUACUAUUUUCUACAUUGUAGAAUAAUAGUGAAGAAUUCAAAACUAUGAACUAACACAUAUGGAAUCAUGUAGUAACCAAAAGUGUUAAACAAAUCAAAAUAUAUUUUAUAUUUGAGAUUCUUCAAAUAGCCACCCUUUGCCUUGAUGACAGCUUUGCACACUCUUGGCAUUCUCUCCACCAGCUUCACCUGGAAUGCUUUUCCAACAGUCUUGAAGGAAUUAUGCUGAGCACUUGUUGGCUGCUUUUCCUUCACUCUGCGGUUCGACUCAUCCCCAAACCAUCUCAAUUGGGUUGAGGUUGGGGUAUUCUGGAGGCCAGGUCAUCUGAUGCAGCACUCCAUCACUCUCCUUCUUGGUAAAAUAGCCCUUACACAGCCUGGAGGUGUGUGGGUCAUUGUCCUGUUGAAAAACGAAUGAUAGUCCCACUAAGCCCAAAUCAGAUGGGAUGGCGUAUCGCUGCAGAAUGCUGUGGUAGCCAUGCUGGUUAAGUGUGCCUUGAAUUCUAAAUAAAUCACAGACAGUGUCACCAGCAAAGCACCCCCACACCAUAACACCUCAUCCUCCAUGCUUUAUGGUGGGAAAUACACAUCUCACAAAGACACAGCGGUUGGAACCAAAGAUCUCCAAUUUGGACUCCAGACCAAAGGACAGAUUUCCACCGGUAUAAUGUCCAUUGCUCAUGUUUCUUGGCCCCAGCAAGUCUCUUAUUAUUGGUGUCCUUGAGCAGUGGUUUCUGCAGCAAUUCGACCAUGAAGGCCUGAUUCAAACAGUCUCCUCUGAACAGUUGAUGUUGAGAUGUGUCUGUUACUUGAACUCUGUGAAGCAUUUAUUUGGCCUGCAAUUUCUGAGGCUGGUAACUCUAAUGAACUUAUCCUCUGCAGCAGAGGUAACUCUGGGUCUUCCAUUCCUGUGGCGGUCCUCAUGAGAGCCAGUUUCAUCAUAGCAGUUGAUGGUUUUUGCAACUGCACUUGAAGAAACAUUAAAAGUUCUUGAAAUGUUCUGUAUUGACUGACCUUCAUGUCUUAAAAGUAAUGAUGGACUGUCGUUUCUCUUUGUUCAUUUGAGCUGUUCUUGACAUAAUAUGGACUUGGUCUUUUACCAAAUAGGGCUAUCUUCUGUAUAGCCCCCCUACCUUGUCACAACACAACUGAUUGGCUCAAACGCAUUAAGAAGGAAAGAAAUUCCACAAAUUAACUUUUAAGAAGACACACCUGUUAAUUGAAAUGCAUUCCAGGUGACUACUUCAUGAAGCUGGUUGAGAGAAUGUCAAGAGUGUGCAAAGCUAUCAUCAAGGCAAAUGGUGGCUAUUUGAAGAAUCUCAAAUAUAAAAUAUAUUUUGAUUUGUUUAAACACUUUUUUGGUUACUACAUGAUUCCAUAUGUGUUUCAUAGUUUUGAUGUCUUCACUAUUAUUCUACAAUGUAAAACAAUUUUAAAAUAAAGAAAAACCCUUGAAUGAGUAGGUGUGUCCAAACUUUUGACUGGUAGUGUACAUACAGUGUCCACUUCAAUUACCUCGUACCCCUGCACAUUGUCUCGGUACUGGUACCCCUUGUAUAUAGCCAAGUUAUUUUUACUCAUUGUGUAUCUACAGUAUUAUUACUUUUAUUAUUAUGUGGUUUAUUUCCUAUUAUUUCUCUAUCUUCUUUCUCUCUGCAUUUUUGGGAAGGGCCCAUUAGUAAGCAUUUCACUGUUAGUCCACACCUGUUGUUUACGAAUAAAAUUUCAUUUUAUUUGUGUGCCCAGUGGGAUUCUUCCUGCCACACUGACCUCCACAGUGCCUCAGUAUUUCCUGUUUCCCUAUCUAUAACUGGCAAUGUCAAAGAUACACAUUAGUUAUACAUUAAACAAAGAUUACAUGGACACUAAAUCUGACUACUGGGAACUGUUAUCAUAGAGACCUUGUGGUUUAUGGUGUUUUAUACAGCGGGUGGGUCUAAUCCUAAAUGCUGAUUGGAGGGGUUUCUUAAUGAUUUUUCAUUGACGUUCAACAAAACAAGGUUGAUGCUUGUUGACACAGACAUGCUGUAAUCUAUACCGAACAAAAAUAUAAACGCAACAUGUAAAGUGUUGUUCCCAUGUUUCAUGAGCUGAAAUAAAAGAUCCCAGAGAUUUUCCAUACGCACAAAAAGCUUAUUUCUCUCAAAUUGUGUGCACAAAUUUGUUUACAUCCCUGUUAGUGAGCAUUUCUCCUUUGCCAAGACAAUCCAUCCACCUGACAGGUGUGGCAUAUCAAGAAGCUGAUUAAACAGCAUGAUCAUUACUAGGGGUGUAACGAUCCAUCUACUACAUCGAUGUAUCGAUUUAUAUUCCUAUGAUCCAACUACAUCGAUCUGUGCUCGGCGAGUUGGCCUUUUGGACAACAUAUAUCAAUCUAACAUCGUUUUAAAAUGUAAUAAAUCGAUUGUAUCGAUACUAGGAAAUAACCCAUUGGAUUUAAGCACGUCAGACUUUAUAUGGAUGUUUUUUCUUAGCACUUUUAAUGAUAAAGGCUUUAAACAUUACUCGAUUCAGUCUGCCUAUCCGUGACGUCAUCGCCCCGCGCCAGCAGCAGCGCAAAGGCGCAAAGACAACAAAACAUAGCAGCGGACGACAGAGGAGAAGCCGACGAGCGAGAAAUUAUCAAGCCACCAUUGCGGUCCUUACAAGAAACAGGAAUCUAGGAAACUUCACCUGCACUGUCCUGUAUCCAGGUAUUUAUUUCAGUCACACUGGUUGAAUUUUUGGCUAAAAGGUUACUGAAUCGAUUUCAAGUCACUGAAUCGUUACGGAUCAUAUCGUUCUAAAUGAACCAAUAUCGUCCUUGAAUCGUAUUGACAACCACGAAUCGUGAUACAAAUCGAGUCGUUGUUAAAACGAAUCGUUACACCCCUAAUCAUUACACAUGUGCACCUUGUGCUGGGGACAAUAAAAGGCCACUCUAAAAUGUGCAGUUUUGGCACACAACACAAUGCCACAGAUGUCUCAAGUUUUGAGGGAGCGUGAAAUUGGCAUGUGACUGCAGGAAUGUCCACCAGAGCUGUUGCCAGAGAAUUGAAUGUUAAUUUCUCUACCAUAAACCGCCUCCAGCAUUGUUUGGCAGUACGUCCAACCGGCCUCACAACCACAGACCACGUGUAACCACGCCAGCCCAGGACCUCCACAUCCUGCUUCUUCACCUGUGGGAUCGUCUGAGACCAGCCACCCAGAUAGCUGAUGAAACUGUGGGUUUGCAGAACCGAAGAAUUUCUGCACAAACUGUCAGAAACUGUCUCAGGGAAGCUCAUCUGCAUGCUCAACGUCCUCACCAGGGUCUUGACCUGACUGCAGUUCGGCGUCGUAACCGACUUCAGUGGGCAAAUGCUCACCUUCAAUGGCCACUGGCACCCUGGAGAAGUGUGGUCUAUUUUUAAGGUAUCUGUGACCAACAGAUGCAUAUCUGUAUUCCCAGUCAUAGGUUAGGGCCUAAUGAAUUUAUUUAAAUUGACUGAUUUCCUUAUAUGAACUGUAACUCAGUAAAAAUCGUUGCAUGUUGCGUUUAUAGUUUUUUUCAGUGAAUAUACAAUUUGGCGGCCAGGUCUCCUUCUGUAUUUGUGAGAUUGUAAUAGUAUGUUGUCUAGUCUAGUUGUAUUGUUUGUUUGCAUCCUGCUUGACAUUGUUAAAAACAAAAGUGUUCACGUUUGUUAAGGUGAAAGGUUAGGGUUAGGUCUGGCGGGGUAGGUAGCCCAGCGGCUAAGGAGUUGGACCUGUAGCCGAAAGGUCGCCUUUUGGAAUCCCGGGCCAUGCGCUGGAAAAAAGGGGGGAAAUUGAUCUGACAACUGGAGAGCUGCUGGGUUCAUAUCCUAAUAACAAUCCCCUACCAUUGGGAUCUUGAGCAAGGCCCUUAACCCCACAACAUGCUCUCCAUCCAGGGGUGCUGCACUGCAGCUUGACCCUGUGCUACUCUCAACGUUGUGUCUGUGUGAUGUGUGGGAGGGGUUGAGAAAUGAAGAGAGCAGAAGACAAAUGUCUAUUGUUCGCUGUAACUAUGGACAAUAAAGUUAUAUUGUAACAGGUAGGCAAAAAUGUGUCAACUUUUGACUUAGGUGUUUACUGUAUCUUGUUGUGUGUGUUGUCCAGUGACGUCUCCUCCACAGCUCUCCACACACUUCCCCGUCGAGGCUUGGGACAUUUGAAGGUCCUGAUCGCCCGUUCUACCCCCUACCUGAAGACUCUACCCCCUCUGGAAAGCCUCCUAGAGCUAGAGGUGGCAGAGGUCACUUACCCCAGCCACUGCUGUGCCUUCCACACCUGGCAACACAACAGGUAGGUACACAUCCCUAAAUAUUUCAAAAACUAAAAGCAUUGUACAGUGAGGGAAAAAAGUAUUUGAUCCCCUGCUGAUUUUGUACGUUUGCCCACUGACAAAGAAAUGAUCCGUCUAUAAUUUUAAUGGUAGGUUUAUUUGAACAGUGAGAGACAGAAUAACAACAACAAAAUCCAGAAAAAUGCAUGUCAUAAAUGUUAUAAAUUGAUUAGCAUUUUAAUGAGGGAAAUAAGUAUUUGACCCCCUCUCAAUCAGAAAGAUUUCUGGCUCCCAGGUGUCUUUUAUACAGGUAACAAGCUGAGAUUAGGAGCACACUCUUACAGGGAGUGCUCCUAAUCUCAGUUUGUUACCUGUAUAAAAGACACCUGUCCACAGAAGCAAUCAAUCAAUCAGAUUCCAAACUCUCCACCAUGGCCAAGACCAAAGAGCUCUCCAAGGAUGUCAGGGACAAGAUUGUAGACCUACACAAGGCUGGAAUGGGCUACAAGACCAUCGUCAAGCAGCUUGGUGAGAAGGUGACAACAGUUGGUGCGAUUAUUCGCAAAUGGAAGAAACACAAAAUAACUGUCAAUCUCCCUCGGCCUAGGGCUCCAUGCAAGAUCUCAACUCGUGGAGUUGCAAUGAUCAUGAGAACGGUGAGGAAUCAGCCCAGAACUACACAGGAUGAUCUUGUCAAUGAUCUCAAGGCAGCUGGGACCAUAGUCACCAAGAAAACAAUUGGUAACACACUAUGCCGUGAAGGACUGAAAUCCUGCAGCGCCCGCAAGGUCCCCCUGCUCAAGAAAGCACAUAUACAAGCCCGUCUGAAGUUUGCCAAUGAACAUCUGAAUGAUUUAGAGGAGAACUGGGUGAAAGUGUUGUGGUCAGAUGAGACCAAAAUGGAGCUCUUUGGCAUCAACUCAACUCGCCGUGUUUGGAGGAGGAGUAAUGCUGCCUAUGACCCCAAGAACACCAUCCCCACCAUCAAACAUGGAGGUGGAAACAUUAUGCUUUGGGUGUGUUUUUCUGCUAAGGGGACAGGACAACUUCACUGCAUCAAAGUGACGAUGGACGGGGCCAUGUACCAACAAAUCUUGGGUGAGAACCUCCUUCCCUCAGCCAGGGCAUUGAAAAUGGGUCGUGGAUGGGUAUUCCAGCAUGACAAUGACCCAAAACACACGGCCAUGGCAACAAAGGAGUGGCUCAAGAAGAAGCACAUUAAGGUCCUGGAGUGGCCUAGCCAGUUUCCAGACCUUAAUCCCAUAGAAAAUCUGUGGAGGGAGCUGAAGGUUCGAGUUGCCAAACGUCAGCCUCGAAACGUUAAUGACUUGGAGAAGAUCUGCAAAGAGGAGUGGGACAAAAUCCCUUCUGAGAUGUGUGCAAACCUGGUGGCCAACUACAAGAAACGUCUGACCUCUGUGAUUGCCAACAAGGGUUUUGCCACCAAGUACUAAGUCAUGUUUUGCAGAGGGGUCAAAUACUUAUUUCCCUCAUUAAAAUGCAAAUCAAUUCAUAACAUUUUUUACACGCGUUUUCUGGAUUUUUUUGUUGUUAUUCUUUCUCUCACUGUUCAAAUAAACCUACCAUUAAAAUUAUAGACUGAUCAUGUCUUUGUCAGUGGGCAAACGUACAAAAUCAGCAGGGGUUCAAAUACUUUUUUCCCUCACUGUAUUUGGGACAAAUCAUUCACUAAACCCUAACCUCAACUACAUCUUGUAAUAAAUAAUGUGAAAAUUGAGCAAGUUGGGGUGACUAAACUGCUUGGAGUAACCCUGGACUGUAAACUGUCAUGGUCAAAACAUGUUGAUACAACAGUAGCUAAGAUGGGGAGAAGUCUGUCCAUAAUAAAGCGCUACUCUGGCUUUUUAACAACACUACCAACAAGGCAGAUCCUACAGGCUCUAGUUUUGUCGCAUGGUCAGGUGCCACAAAGAGAGACCUCGGAAAAUUACAACUGGCUCAGAACAGGGCAGCAAGGCUGCCCCUUAAAUGUACACGGAGAGCUAGCAUAUGUAAAUCUCUCAAAUCAAAUCAAAUUUUAUUUGCCACAUGCGCCGAAUACAACAGGUGUAGACCUUACAGUGAAAUGCUUACUUACAAGCCCUUAACCAACAAUGCAGUUUUAAGAAAAAUAAGUGUUAAGUAAAAAAUAGAUAAGUAAAAAUUUUUAAUAACAAAUAAUUAAAGAGCAGCAGUAAAAUAAAAUAACAUAAAGGGAGGCUAUAUACAGGGGGUACCGGUACAAAGUCAAUGUGCGGGGGCACAGGUUAGUAGAUAAUAAACAGAGAGUAGCAGCAGCGUAAAAGAGGGGGUGGGGUGGGGUGGGGUGGGGGGGACAAUGCAAAUAGUCCAGGUAGCCAUGAUUAGCUGUUCAGGAGUCUUAUGGCUUGGGGGUAGAAGCUGUUAAGAAGCCUUUUGGACCUAGACUUGGCGCUCCGGUACCGCUUGCCGUUUGGUAGCAGAGAGAACAGUCUAUGACUAGGGUGGCUGGAGUCUUUGACAAUUUUUAGGGCCUUCCUCUGACACCGCUUGGUAUAGAGGUCCUGGAUGGCAGGAAGCUUGACCCCAGUGAUGUACUGGGCCGUACACACUACCCUCUGUAGUGCCUUGCGGCCGGAGGCCAAGCAGUUGCCAUACCAGGCAGUGAUGCAACCAGUUAGGAUGCUCUCGAUGGUGCAGCUGUAUAACUUUUUGAGGAUCUGAGGACCCAUGCCAAAUCUUUUCAGUCUCCUGAGGGGGAAUAGGCUUUGUCGUACCCUCUUCACGACUGUCUUGGUGUGUUUGGACCAUGAUAGUUUGUUGGUGAUGUGGACACCAAGGAACUCAUGGCUCAAAGUGGAGGAGAGAUUGACUUCAUCACUACUUGUUUUUGUAAGAAGUGUUGACAUGCUGAAUGCACUGAGGUCUCUGUUUAAACUACUAGCACACAGCUCGGACACCCAUGCAUACCCCACAAGACAUGCCACCAAAGGUCUUUUCACAAUCCCCAAGUCAAGAACAGACUAUGGGAGGCGCACAGUACUCCAUAGAGCCAUGGUUACAUGGAACUCUAUUCCACAUCAGGUAACUGUUGCAAGCAGUAGAAUCAGAUUUUAAAAAACAGAUAAAAAUACACCUUAUGGAACAGCAGGGAAUGUGAAGAGACGCUCAAACAGGCACAGACACACAUACACAUGAUAAGACACGCACUCUACACACACGUGCACAUAGAUGUUGUAUUGUAAAUAUGUGAUAGUGGAGUAGUGGCCUGAGGGAACACACUAAAUGUAUUGGGUAAAGUGUUAUGAAAUGUAAUGUCAUGUAAUAUUUACAAUUGUAUAUACAGUGGGGGGGAAAAAGUAUUUAGUCAGCCACCAAUUGUGCAAGUUCUCCCACUUAAAAAGAUGAGAGAGGCCUGUAAUUUUCAUCAUAGGUACACGUCAACUAUGACAGACAAAAUGAGAAAAGAAAAUCACAUUGUAGGAUUUUUAAUGAAUUUAUUUGCAAAUGAUGGUGAAAAAUAAGUAUUUGGUCAAUAACAAAAGUUUCUCAAUACUUUGUUAUAUACCCUUUGUUGGCAAUGACACAGGUCAAACGUUUUCUGUAAGUCUUCACAAGGUUUUCACACACUGUUGCUGGUAUUUUGGCCCAUUCCUCCAUGCAGAUCUCCUCUAGAGCAGUGAUGUUUUGGGGCUGUCGCUGGGAAACACGGACUUUCAACUCCCUCCAAAGAUUUUCUAUGUGGUUGAGAUCUGGAGACUGGCUAGGCCACUCCAGGACCUUGAAAUGCUUCUUACGAAGCCACUCCUUCGUUGCCCGGGCGGUGUGUUUGGGGUCAUUGUCAUGCUGAAAGACCCAGCCACGUUUCAUCUUCAAUGCCCUUGCUGAUGGAAGGAGGUUUUCACUCAAAAUCUCACGAUACAUGGCCCCAUUCAUUAUUUCCUUUACACGGAUCAGUCGUCCUGGUCCCUUUGCAGAAAAACAGCCCCAAAGCAUGAUGUUUCCACCCCCAUGCUUUACAGUAGGUAUGGUGUUCUUUGGAUGCAACUCAGCAUUCUUUGUCCUCCAAACACGACGAGUUGAGUUUUUACCAAAAAGUUAUAUUUUGGUUUCAUCUGACCAUAUGACAUUCUCCCAAUCCUCUUCUGGAUCAUCCAAAUGCACUCUAGCAAAUUUCAGACGGGCCUGGACAUGUACUGGCUUAAGCAGGGGGACACGUCUGGCACUGCAGGAUUUGAGUCCCUGGCGGCGUAGUGUGUUACUGAUGGUAGGCUUUGUUACUUUGGUCCCAGCUCUCUGCAGGUCAUUCACUAGGUCCCCCCAUGUGGUUCUGGGAUUUUUGCUCACCGUUCUUGUGAUCAUUUUGACCCCACGGGGUGAGAUCUUGCAUGGAGCCCCAGAUCGAAGGAGAUUAUCAGUGGUCUUGUAUGUCUUCCAUUUCCUAAUAAUUGCUCCCACAGUUGAUUUCUUCAAACCAAGCUGCUUACCUAUUGCAGAUUCAGUCUUCCCAGCCUGGUGCAGGUCUACAAUUUUGUUUCUGGUGUCCUUUGACAGCUCUUUGGUCUUAGCCAUAGUGGAGUUUGGAGUGUGACUGUUUGAGGUUGUGGACAGGUGUCUUUUAUACUGAUAACAAGUUCAAACAGGUGCCAUUAAUACAGGUAACGAGUGGAGGACAGAGGAGCCUCUAAAAGAAGAAGUUACAGGUUUGUGAGAGCCAAAAAUCUUGCUUGUUUGUAGGUGACCAAAUACUUAUUUUCCACCAUAAUUUGCAAAUAAAUUCAUUAAAAAUCCUACAAUGUGAUUUUCUGGAUUUUCUUUUCUCAAUUUGUCUGUCAUAGUUGACGUGUACCUAUGAUGAAAAUUACAGGCCUCUCUCAUCUUUUUAAGUGGGAGAACUUGCACAAUUGGUGGCUGACUAAAUACUUUUUUCCCCCACUGUAACUGCCUUAAUGUUGCUGGACCCCAGGAAGUGUAGAUGCAGCAGCUAAUGGGGAUCCUUAAUAAAUACAAAUACACAUCACACAUAGGUGCUCAUCACAGGUUGACACUCAAGGGUCUACUCUAACAUGUGUUUUUCUCCUUAUCCAUCCAAAGGGAAAAAGUUGUCCUUGCACUCUCUCCGAACCUCAGAAGGCUGUGCGAUGAUGAUGACGAAAUCAAGUAAGACAAUUUUUCCACUAUGUAUCAGGGGAAAGUUCUGUUGUCAGGCUUGCGGAAUGUUUUUCCCUUGACUUUACAGGUCUCAACCUCUCCACCUAACGUUUCUCAAAUCCAUGUUUUCUUCCCCUUUUCUCCAGGGACAAUGUGACAGACCUGUACGACAUCAACCUCCAAUACCCAGACCUGCAGCUGAGCCUGUGUCCUGGACCCUUCCAGUGUACCCCAGAGCCCGAUGCCUUCAACCCCUGUGAGGACCUGCUGGGGUAUUCCUUCCUCCGCUCAGUCACCUGGCUCAUGACUGUGUUUGCUGUGCCCGGGAACAUGGCCGUGCUGGUCGUACUGAUCAUCAGGUAAAGAGGGAGAACAUAGAGAUUUAUGAUAAACAAGAGUGGUCAAUGUCAUAGACCUGUAUGUCUCUAGACAAGUGUGCUGAUAAUGGCAGCCAUCUUUGUCAGGGAUAGAUUCCAAACCAAUUUAAUUGGGAUGAAUGGAUAGUAAUCGAUUUAAUUAUAUGGGAAUGAAUGCUUUAAUUGCAACAUAUAUCCAAGUAAUUGCUGAUUUUGUUUUUAACAUUUUUGAUCAUUCUCCUCACUAGCCACCAGAAGCUCAGUGUCUCUCGGUUCCUGAUGUGUAACCUGGCCUUCGCAGACCUCUGCAUGGGGGUAUACCUCCUCCUCAUUGCAGCCAUGGACUACCACUCACGCAAUGUACGUAGCCCAGAGGCUUAGAGAGGUGUAUCAGUGACUAGAAGGUCACUGGUUCAAGUCUCAAGCUGGGCGAUGAAAAGUUGGGGACUGAACUGGCUUCUGUAGGGCUGCUCUUUUCAGUUUAGUACAUUACUACCAACCACCUACCAUUGUGCCCUUGAGCAAGGCAUGACUUAACCCCUAAACUGCUCCAGGGGGGCUGCACUGCGGCUGACCCUGUGAUGCUUGCUUUCCAAUGUUUAUAUUUCUGUAAUAAAGUUGUAUUUGUAUUGUAGGAGUACUACAACUACACCACGGACUGGCAGAUGGGCACGGGUUGUGGUGUGGCGGGGUUCCUGACGGUGUUCGCCAGCGAGCUGUCGGUCUACACACUGACCAUGAUAACGUUAGAGCGGUGCCACACCAUCACCAACGCCAUGCACAAGAACAAGAGGCUGCAGCUGAGGCAUGUGAUGGCCUUUAUGGCUGGGGGGUGGGGCUUCUCUCUAUUGGCCGCUCUGCUUCCUGUCCUCGGGGUCAGCAGCUACACUAAGGUCAGCAGAAUUUGAAAAUAUACACUGAAAAAAAAUAUAAACGCAACAUGUAAUGUGUUGGUCCCAUGUUUCAUGAGCUUAAAUAAAAGAUCCCAUACAUUUCUAAUAUGCACAAUAAGCUUAUUUCUCUCAAAAUGUGUGCACAAAUCUGUUUACAUCCCUGUUCGUGAGCAUUUCUCCUUUGCCAAGAUAAUCCAUCCACCUGACAUGUGUGGCAUAUCAAGAAGCUGAUUAAACAGUAUGAUCAUUACACACCUUGUGCUGGGGACAAAAAAAGGCCACUCUAAACUGUGCAGUUUUGUCAUACAACACAAUGCCACAGAUGUCUCAAGUUUUGAGGGAGCAUGCAAUUGGCAUGCUGACUGCAGGAAUGUCCACCAGAGCUGCUGCCAGAGAAUUUAAUGUUAAUUUCUCUACCAUAAGCCACCUCCUACGUCGUUUUAGAGAAUUUGGCAGUACGUCCAACCGGGCUCACAACCACAGACCAUGCGUAUGGCGUUGGGUGGGCAAGCGGUUUGCUGAUGUCAACGUUGUUAACAGAGUGCCCCAUGUUGGCAGUGGGGUUAUGGUAUGGGCAGGCAUAAGCUACAGACAACAAACACAAUUAUGUUUUAUCAAUGGCAAUUUGAAUGCACAGAUAUACCGUGACGAGAUCCUGAGGCCCAUUGUCCUGCCAUUACCUCAUGUUUCAGCAUGAUAAUGCAUGGCCCCAUGUCGCAAGGAUCUGUACAUAAUUCUUGGAAACUGAAAAUGUCCUAGUUCUUCCAUGGCCUGCAUACUCACCAGACCCAUCACCCAUUGAGCAUGUUUAGGAUGCUCUGGAUCGACAUGUAUGACAGCAUGUUCCAGUUCCGCCAAUAUCCAGCAACUUUGCACAGCCAUUGAAGAGGAGUUGGACAACAUUCCACAAGCCACAAUCAACAGCCUGAUCAACUCUAUGUGAAGGAGAUGUGUCGCGCUGCAUGAGGCAAAUGGUGGUCACACCAGAUACUGACUGGUUUGCUGAUCCACACCCCUACCUUUUUUUAAAGGUAUCUGUGACCAACAGAUGGAUAUUUGUAUUCCCAGUCAUGUGGAAUCCAUAGAUUAGGGAGUAAUGAAUUUAUUUCAACUGACUGAUUUCCUUAUAUGAACUGUAACUCAGUAAAAUCUUUGAAAUUGUUGCAAGAUGCAUUUAUAUUUUUGUUCAGUAUAUUUUGUAUUUCUUUUUUUUUACGUUUAGGGCCUUUAUUCACAAAGGGCCGGUUUCCCGGACACAGGUUAAGCCUAGUCCUGGACUAUAAAGCACUUUCAAUCUCCAUUGAACAUGCUUUUUAGUCCAGGACAAGGCAUGGAUCUUAUCCUACUCUGUGAUGCUUUUUGAAUACGGGCCCAGGUUUACAAACAUUCACUUUACACACACAACAGGCAUGAUUUGUGUUCUAUAGUGUAGUAGAUGAACAUUCACAGCCUUUUUAUUUCUGCUGAAAAUAACGUAAUGACAAUUGCUGAUGUAAAAAGGGCUUUAUACAUUUAUUUGAUUGAUUGACUUUCUUUUAUAUUUUAUCCUCCAGGUGUCGAUCUGCCUGCCCAUGGACAUCGAGUCCCUAGCCUCCCAGGUGUAUGUUGUAGCCCUCCUCCUCCUCAACAUCACCGCCUUUUUCAUCAUCUGCUACUGCUACGUACGCAUCUACCUGUCCAUCCACAACCCCGACUUAGCAACCCGCCACCGUGACUCCAAGGUCGCCAAGCGCAUGGCCGUCCUAAUCUUCACCGACUUCCUCUGCAUGGCACCCAUCUCAUUCUUUGGCAUCUCGGCGGCUCUCCGCAUGCCCCUCAUCACCGUCUCCCACUCCAAGAUCCUCCUCGUCCUCUUCUACCCAAUCAAUUCCCUCUGUAACCCGUUCCUCUACACCAUCUUUACUCGAUCGUUUCGGAAGGAUAUGCGUUUGUUGUUGAGUCGCUGUAGUUGUUGCCAUGCCAGAGCGGCGUUCUACAGGGCACAGAACCUGGAAGCACACACUAUACCACCUAAGGAUAGGACUACGUCCCCCAGAAACCAUCACUCUUUCAGGUUCUACACCUACCACAUCAAGAUGCAGGGAUGCUUUCUCUGCAAGGGAGGCGGAGCCACAUGA